ACCACCGCGACCGCUGAAACGCAGCCAUUGUCGCUUCGCUACAGAGUACGCAUGCGCGGCUGUUGACGUUGCCGCCAAAACUCCGGAGUUACGAUAAAAAAGUUUAUGAAAGAAAUUAAAACAAAAUUCCGUGAAUACAUCUGAUUUCUUUGUUAUAUUUAAGCUUAAGUGUGAUUUUAUAUUGAGGAAGAUGAAAUAUAAGGUGAAGGACGCCGAUAGUGAGAGUCAUCGCCGGUCAGACUCCGGCCUUGAAGAGAAACUAGAAAGAACAGUUCGCUGCUCAUCGGUGCUGAUCAUAGCUUUAGGGCUGUGCCUUAUCGCAUUAGGCUUGUAUACUACAGUGUUGGUUAUCACCGAGUAUACAAGCCCGAAACCCUGUCUUAGCGAAGUCUGUGUUGGUACUGCAUCAAGAGUUUUAUCAGCACUCAACAGAGAUGUGGAACCAUGCACAGAUUUCUACGAAUUCGCAUGUGGGGGUUGGAUUAAGAAGAAUCCAGUCCCAGAAUGGGCGACUUCCUGGGACCAACUGGCGAAGCUUCGGGAACAGCUGACUUCGGACCUGAGAGAAGUGCUGGAGGCUGGUGAUAGAGAGGAUCUACCUAAGAGUGUGCUUAAAGCAAAGGCAUUGUACAGGACUUGUAUUGAUACUGACAAAAUGGAAGCAGAAGGUAUCAAACCUAUCCAAGCACUGUUAACUAGUCUCGGUCUGCCACCGCGGCCUCCCAGCACCGUCAGCACCAACUUCACCUGGGAAGACGUGUCAGCUAAAGUGAGACGACGGCUGGGACUUAACGUGCUGAUCAGCGUACAGGUGGCAGAAGAUGUGAGGAACACUAGCAGGAACCGCGUUGUGAUUGAGCAAGUGACCCCUGGCUUCAGCGAACGCUACCUCCUCCAGCCUGAGCAAUUCGGGCAGGAGUUGGAACAAUACCGCAAGUACAUCAAAGAGAUGAUCACCAUCGUAGAUCCUGAUACUGAUGCAGAGAAGUUCGCUAAUGAAAUCAUUGAGACCAGCCAGAGUCUAGCGAGGAUAAUGACCCCAAUGGAAGUCCGCCGUAGUGGUACACACCUGUUCCACGAUGUUAGCGUGUCUCAGUUCGUGCAGGGAACUGGAGCUGGUCCCGCAGAGUGGAGUGAGCACGACUGGGACAAGUACCUGAAGCUGGUUUUCAGCAACACAUCAGUGGAACUUCAACCUCAUGAGGACCGCCUAAUCGUCAUGGACUUGCCCUAUCUUCAGAAACUGGCGACUCUGCUCUCAACCACUGAACCGGUGCUUAUCGAGCGUUUCAUAUGGUGGAGCGUAUUCUCGACUGUUUCGCCAAUGACACUGACCUCAUUCCGUGAGCUCGGUUUCGAGUUCAGUCGUGCAGUAUACGGGCUUCGAGCGCGUGCUCCAAGAUGGAAGACCUGUACCGCCAACGUUAACGCCAACUUUGGUCUUGCACUGUCAUACCUCUACGUCAACCAGCACUUUGAUAAUGCCUCACGGAUUAAGGCGAUAGAAAUGGUAGAAGACGUACGAGAGGCGUUCGGGCAAACGGUCCGCCAUCUUGAAUGGAUGGACGGAAGUACGCGAGAUCGUACGUUGCGCAAAUUACGUGCGAUAAGGAACUUUGUGGGAUUCCCCGCUUGGCUAUUAGAAAAAGCUAAGCUGGACAGGCAUUAUGAGAAGGCAGAAGUAAUCGAAGGUAACCUUUUCGAAACAUUCUUGAAGCUAACUAACGCGGCUGUCGAGAAGUCCUUCAAAUCACUUAGGGAGAAACCGGAUCGAAACAGAUGGGUAGCAACAGCUACUACGGUUAACGCGUUCUAUUCAGCAACUCUCAACUCAGUCACGUUCCCAGCUGGUAUCCUGCAACCGCCAUUUUAUGGAAAUGGAAUUGAAGCAAUAAAUUACGGCUCGAUCGGCGCCAUAAUGGGCCAUGAAGUUACCCACGGAUUUGACGACCAAGGUCGUCGUUAUGAUGAAGAAGGAAAUCUGCGUCAAUGGUGGUCCGCAGCAACGCUGGAACAUUACCACGGGAAAGUGCAGUGUAUUAUCGAACAAUACUCGAAAUACCAUAUGCAGCAGUUGCCCAACUAUACGGUCCAUGGAUUCAAUACACAAGGCGAGAACAUAGCAGAUAAUGGCGGGAUACGUGCAGCGUUAGACGCUUACUCACUAUACGCGAAACGACACCCAGUCGCAGAUCGUAUGAGACUACCCGCACUACCGCAGUAUACGCCGCGACAACUGUUCUUUUUAGGCUUUGCUCAGGUUUGGUGCGGCAACUCAACAGUGGGUGCAUUAAAAUCCAAAAUGGUGGAAGGUGUGCAUAGUCCCAAUAAAAUUCGGGUUAUAGGAACUCUCAGUAACUCCAAAGAGUUUGCAGAAGCCUGGCAAUGUCCUUCAGGAUCACCUAUGAACCCACAACACAAGUGUGUUCUGUGGUAGUGAGUACUUAAAUUAGUGAGGGUAGUAACCAAGUUACAUGGACAUAUUGCUGUUACCGAUUGUGUGUAAUAAUUAAAAUUACCAAUAUGGUUUUAACUGUAAAUUUAAUGUCUAUCCAUAGAUUUGACAUACAUUUUUAAAUUGGGUAGAGAAUUUGAUUGCUAUAAAAAAUUGUUUACAUGACUGCAAAUAUACUCUAAUUGGACAAAAGCAUGAUCAUUGCUGUGCAAUGAUAACAGCUUUUAAGUUUUUAGACACUAAGUAAUAUGACAAAGUUACCGUAUUUGUGAAUUAGACUUUACUGUUAGAUUUAAGUAUAUUGAUGAAAAGCUGUGAAAUUUCACCCAUAAAAAUAUUUUGAUUUGAGUAACCUUAGCACAAAAUGUUUCCAAGUAAUAUUAAGUCUGAUGUUGUAGUUGAUAUAUAGCAACAAUUAAAUUUUUUAAAUACAUGGUCACUUACAGAAUAAUUGCAUUAACAAUUUAAUUGCACAUGUUGCGCUAAGGGUGGUAAAUCUUUAAUUAGAAUAAGAAUUAGACAAUUAUUUUGUAAAUAAUGUCAGUGAGAAUUUAGGAUAUAAUUAUGAUAUUAAUUACUCUUGAGAUUAUUGUAAUAAGAGAAUAAAGAAAUUUAAAUAUUUAUUACUACAGAUUUCCAACAAA